CAAUCGACUUUUGUAUCCAAAUCAUCCCACUUUCAUUCCAGUCCUGACAAUACUCUUACAGCCUUUGAUUCUACUUUUUCCAUGGCCAACAUUCUCGCUUUGAUCCAAACGGUGGUUCCUGUGCCUCUACUUGGCCCAAUCAUCAAUAUUGUCGAGCUUAUUUCGACUGGCAUUCUGGGCAUGAGAGCCAACCAGUUUGCUUUCCGUGCAUUUGGUGAACGACUUUGUCUGUUUGUGGUCACUCUCAAUGAACAUGCCAAAAUCAAAAGCUCCGAUGGUGAUGUUCCUGCAGUCAUCAAGGACAAUAUUUCUGCUAUUCAAAAACUGAUGGAGCAGAUUGAGGAUUAUGUUGAUAGACAUACCAGAAUGAACGUUAUCAGGCAGUUUCUAAAGCAUUCUGAUAUUACUCGUCGUUUAGAACUAUUUGAUCAGCAACUAGUAUCAUACACACAGAAUUUGCAAUUGAGAAUUCAGUUUGAUCAGCAUCAGAUGGUUGCUGAAAUCAAAAAUGAUCAGAUGAAUACACUUCAAGCAUUGGAAAAAAUGCAGAUUAAUGAACAGCUUCUUGAAACGCUUGUAGACAUUGACCGUCUUGAUAUCGACGACUUUUCUCCUGAACUUCGUCCUCAAGUUCAAAACCUACUUAAAAAUGCUAGAAACCACAUCUCAAACAGAUCCACACGAGGUCUCAAGUCAAGUAAAGACUGGACUGUGGAAAAUUUCGAGGUUGAAAUAGAUUAUCGCAAUCCGAUUGGACAAGGUGGGUUCGGUGUUAUUUACAAAGGUCGUUGGAAGGGCCAAACAGUUGCUGUCAAGGUGGUUUCUUCUUCCCACAGAACCGAUGCAUCAGAUCUCAUAGAAAAAGAGGCUGCAAUCUGGUAUAAUCUAAACGAUCCCAAUAUUGUCAAGCUCUGGCGUGUUUGUGUAAAUGCUGAUAAUCCAUUCAUUGUCAUGCCUCUUAUGCGCUGCGACGCAGCAGCAUAUAUUCGAGAUAACCCUCAAACAGAAAUGGCGGUUCGUACGUAUAUUAUAUUGCAGAUUGCUAGCGGCAUGAAAUACCUGCAUGAUUUGUCUCAUCCAAUUAUUCAUGGAGAUCUCAAGGCCAAUAAUGUGUUGAUUGGGAUGAAUGGAGAAGUUGCUUUGUCCGACUUUGGCAUGGCGUCACUCAAACAAUUUUGCUACAGCAAAAACCAUCACGAACCACAGACUUUUGCUACUCGAUGGAUCGCCCCGGAAAAAUAUAAUGCCGAUUAUACUUCAGCCACGCCAGCUGAUGUAUUUUCAUUUGCCAUGACUUGUGUAGAGAUUUUAUCGGGUCAAGCUCCAUUCCCUGAUGAAAAAUACGAUGAUGUGGUUAAAGAUGCCAUUAUCUCGGGAAGUCGACCGAAACAACCUCCAGGGGUUUCUGAUGCUUUAUGGCAAAUUGUAACAAGCUGUUGGCAUCACGAUCCAGAACAGCGUCCUACCUUUGGUCAUGUUAUGAGCAGGCUUACUCGUGAGCAUACCAAGCGUCUUCCGCCUUUUAAUGCUGAUUCCUUUCAAAGUUUAUCCCACAUUUAUCCAGUGAAUGAGGACAAUGUCAAACAGCCUAUUCUCCGUGCUGGUUAUGAUGGACGCAUUCAUGAAUUGCGCAUUUUGAACAUGCCGAUUCGUAAUCCUCUGCCAUCCGAGAUUGUACUUUUUGCAAAUCUUGGUCACUUGUGGAUUGAGCGCUGCUGUUUAAAUGGACAUAUUCCGUCAACGAUAGGCAAUCUGACUUCCAUUACUCGACUUGAUCUUACCAAUAAUGAGUUGUCAGGGUCAAUACCUGAAUCUAUUGGAAAUCUACAUCAGUUAAAGCAUCUUGAUUUGAGUUGUAAUAAGCUAUCUGGAUCCAUCACACCAUCGCUAUUUAACCUUGUCCAACUUGAAUUUCUCAAUUUAAGCACCAAUAGUUUAUCUGGAGUAAUCCCUAAUGAGAUUGGACAACUAUGGAGGCUCAAGGGAGUCGAUUUGGAGGGAAAUAAAUUUAAUGGGCGAAUUCCUAGCGGAUUGGGUAAUCUCAAGCAGCUCCAGACACUGGAUCUUUCCAACAAUGAGUUUUCAGGCGAUGUUUCACCAGAAUUGUCUAAUAUGCAAUCUCUGACUCAACUCAUGCCAUUAGGAUACAGAGACGGUCAUAUGCAAAACCCAUCUCAUACUAUCUGGAAACCUCCAUCUGUUCCUGCAGCAUCUCCGGCAUUGACAGAUACGCCAUCUGUAUGGACAGCAUUCAAAAAUCCCGAAGGAAAACCUUAUUAUUUCAACAGUGUUACUCAGCAAAGCGUAUGGGACAAGCCAGAUGAACUAAAAACUCCACUCGAGCUGAUACUGGAUGCUUCCCAUUGGAAAGAAUACGCUACUCCGGAAGGGAAAAAGUACUAUAGCAAUUCUGAAACCAAAGAAACUGUGUGGGAUCUACCAGCAGAGAUUCAAGAAAAACUCAAAAAGGAAAUGGCAGUAAAGGAGGAAGUUGAAAAGAAAGAAAUUGAAAAGAACGAUAAAAUUCCCGAUCCAUCUGGAGCAGCUGUCUUAGGUCUUGACACUCCCCAAGUCGCGGUGGCACAGAUCGUUCUUGAUUUUAAAACUAAAGAAGAAGCCGAAGAAGCUUUCAAGAAAAUGCUUUGUGAAACACCUGGCAUUGAUUGCACAAGUUCUUGGGAAUCAGUUAUUCGAAAAACAUAUAGCAAGCCAUACUAUCGAUCUCUUAGAACACUUGCUGAACGCAAGGCAACAUUUGAAAAAUGGUGCCGAGACACUCGCUUAGCUCAAAGCGAUGCUAGACGUGAAAAGAAAGAAAAGGAUCGCGCUGCACUUAUAGCUUUGUUUAAAUCGCAUCCUGAAAUUACUGGAAAUACCCCAUUUGCGACUGCUACCUUUAUACUAGCAAAAGAAGGCGAUUUUGCCAAUGUGGAAAAGGAAUUUAGACAACUCGUAUAUCAGGAAUAUACUGAUAAGCUUGUCAAAACUGAACAGGAAGCUGCGCGUGAAUUACGGCGUAAAAAUAAGGAAAAGGCAAAAGCCAUUUUUAAUGAACUACCAAUUACAUACAAAACGACUUGGAAAGAGGCACAGGCCAUUAUGUCUGAGCAUGGUGGUUUCCGUGCAGAUGCAGAUCUUAAUGCAAUGGAGCCCGUGGAUAUUUUAACUGUAUUUGAAGACCACGUUAUUACUUUGGAUACUGCUGCUCGACAUGAUCGCGAUACAUGGCAACGUGCUAUUCGACGCAAAGAACGUAAGAUUCGCGAUGAUGUCCGUGCUCUUUUAGACGAACUUUGUUCCUCUGGCUUGAUACAUGCAAAAGCAAAAUGGAAGGACGUAUAUCCUCACAUCAAAGAAGAUUCUCGCUUUAAUGCCAUUCUUGGCCAACCUGGAUCUACCCCACUUGAACUAUUUUGGGAUAUGAUUUGUGAUCUUGAAGGAAAAUAUCGUUUUGACAAGCGGGUUGUUGGUAAUUAUAUCAAGGAUAAUAAAAUCGAUAUUACUCCAAAAAGCAAGUUUGAUGAAUUCAUUAAACAACAUAGUUCAAAACUAAGCCAAGUCAAUCGAUCUCAUCUACGGUAUAUAUUUGAAGACGCUUUUGCUCGAAUCAAGGAAGAAAAGAAGAAUCAUGAACGUAGACUACGAAAACGGAUGGAUGCAUUCAAAUCUUUGUUGAAACAUUUGCCGGGUACUCCAAUCAAAACGGAUGACGAGUUUUCCAACAUAAUGAGUCGAGUACAAGGCAAACCUGAAUAUGAUGCAUUGGACGCAAGUCAAAGACGCGAGGUAUUUGACAAAUAUAUUGUCAGACUCAAGGAAAACCAAAGCAAAGGUGCCGAUCCCAGUGACAUGGAUGACAUUGAAGAUGGAGAAGAUAUUGAAGAUGGAGAAGGGGAAGAUGAUGGUAAGCGUCGUAAAAUAAGUCGUAAUUCACGGGAUCGCAGACAAAACUAUCGCAGUAGACGAUCCCGAUCUAUAUCACCUCGAUCAAGUAAUGGCUCUGUUGAUGGAUAUCGUGACCGUAGUCGUACAGUUUCAAGUAAACGCAAGAACCGAUCUGUUUCUGGAUCGGAAUCCGAUAUAUCUGAUGGCCACCGCAGCUCCUCCAAUUACAAAAAGGAAAAGCGCUCCAGACAUUAUGAUGCUGAUCAUGAGGAAAGAUUUAGUCGGAGUGAGCGUUCUAAGCGGCAGGACAAGGCUCGUGAGUCUUCGACCGAGGAAGAAGGAGAGCUGCAUGCAUAA